AUGCUCCCCGAGGUCGGCCAGCUGCACAUUGUCAAUCUUCGUCUCAACCCCAGUCCUCUCUCCCUUGAUUAUCGGUUCCCGCGGAUGGCCUGCGCAUUCACGGUCAACAUCGGCUCGACGGAAAUGCAGUUAGUCGAUCACUACAUCGACGAGCCUCGGCCCCUCCGACUCGGGAUCAUUGGCGGUGGCCUUGCGGGCGUUCUGGCCGGUAUUUUGUUGCCUGCCAAGGUCCCGAAUCUCGAGCUCGUCAUCUACGAGAAGAACAAGGAUUUUGGUGGCACCUGGCUCGAAAACGUCUACCCUGGCGUGCGCUGCGACAUCCCCUCUCACGUGUACCAGGCCACGUUCGAGCCCAAGCACGACUGGUCCGACCAGUUCGCCCAUGGGCCCGAGAUCCGCGCGUACUGGCAAGGGGUGGCCCGGAAGUACGACGUGUAUCGGUUUGCCAAGUUCCAGCACCAGGUGGACGAUGCUGCGUGGGAUGCCGAGAAAGGGGUGUGGCGUCUGCGGGUGCGGGACUUGACCAAGGGGGAUGGUCAAGGUGAAGCUCAAGGCGAGGGCGCGGUGAUCGAGGAUGAAGUGGACAUCCUGUUCACGGCCAUCGGGAGGUUCAAUGCGUGGCAGCUGCCCGAUUACCCGGGCAGCAACGAGUAUCAAGGGGUGCUACGGCACGCCUCGCACUGGGACCCAUCGUUCGACCCGGCCGGCAAAAAGGUCGCCGUCAUUGGCAACGGGGCCAGCGGCAUCCAGCUGGUGGCCAAUCUGCAGAAGACCGUCGCACACCUAGACCACUACGCGCGCAACAAGACGUGGAUUGCGGCAUCCUGGGCCGGCGACGAGCGCACCCUCGAAGCCCAGCCGAUCCCAGAGGACAAACGAGAGCUCUUCGCCCGCGACCCGCAAGCCUACCUCGCGUUCCGUAAAGAACUCGAGGACAAGUACUGGCGGCGCUUCAGCAGUUUCCUGCGUGGAUCCGACCUCAGCCGGGACCUACGCACGCAGUUCACCGACAUGAUGCGACAGCGGCUAGCCAGGAAACCCGAGCUGCUGGAGCACAUGGUGCCUGACUUCUCACCCAACUGCCGGCGGCUGACACCCGGGCCGGGCUACCUCGAAGCGCUGACGGCCGACAACGCGUCGUACAUCCGCACGCCCAUCCGGAGGUUCACGACGACGGGGAUCGAGACCGAAGACGGGGAACACCGCGAGGUCGACGCCAUCUUCUGCGCCACGGGCGCCAACUCAGAUCUAGUUCCGCCUUUUCCCAUCCGCUCCCACGGCCGGUCUCUGCGCGAUCUGUGGAAGCAAGCAGACGGGAACGGGAACGGGAACGAAGGCGAGAACCAAGAAGAAGCGAACACCUACGGCUACCCCUACACCUACCUCGGCAUCGCCACGCCAGACUUCCCCAACCUCUUCUUCGUCCACGGCCCACACGGCACGGGACCCUCCGGCACCGUCCCCCACAGCGUCGAGACCCAGCUCACCUACCUCGCCCAACUCCUCCGCAAGGUCGGUCGCGAAGGGAUCAAAUCCUUGUCCCCAACUCGCGCGGCCACCGACGAUUUCCAGGAAUACGCCGACGCCUUCUUUGCGCAGACCGUGCUCGCCGACGGGUGUAUCCGUUGGUACCGCUCGACCUUCUACAAUAUGACCAUCCUCGGCCUCUGCAACCUGGCUGCCCCAGGCAUCUGGGGCGCCAUGAACUCGCUCGGGGCCGGGGGUGCCGCCAGCCCGCGGCUGGUCAAUGCCGCCAACGCGCUCACUUUUUGUUUGAUGGUCGUGUCGUGUUAUUUGUCCAGCGCGCUGGUCCAUUAUAUUGGUAUCAAGGGGGCUUUGAUUUUCGGGACCCUCGGCUACGCCCCCUACGCAGCCGGGCUUUACACCAACAACCGCUUCGGCACCGAAUGGCUCACCCUCUUCGGUGCGGCCCUCUGCGGCAUCUCCGCCGGCGUCUUCUGGAUGGCCGAAGCCGCCAUCGCCAUUGCCUACCCCGAGCCCUGGAACCGCGGCAAAGCCCUAGGCUACUGGCUGACCUACCGACUAUCAGGCCAGAUCCUAGGCGGCGCUAUCAACCUGGGCCUUAACGCGGACCGGGACCAGGCGGGUCAGGUGUCGUACACGGUGUUUUUGGUGUUUAUUGCGUUGCAGGCGGCUGGGCCUGUGGUGGGGUUGUUUUUGAAUAGUCCGGGGAAGGUGGAGAGGAAGGAUGGGAAGAAGGUUAGUUUGGAGAUUGUGAGGGAUCCGUGGUUUGAGAUUGGUCAGACUACGAGGCUGUUUUUUACGAGGGAGUUUCUUUUGAUCGUGUUGUUUAUUGGGCAGGCUGUGUUUUCGGAGGCGGUGUUUUUUACCUAUCUUGCUUUGUGGUUCUCUGUCCGGGCUCGCGCGUUGGGCUCGUUUCUGUCAGGCAUCGUGGCCGUAAUAGCGGGGAAUAUUCUAGGACACUGGCUCGACCGGACCAAAAUCGCCCUUAAAACCCGCGCCCGCGGCGCCUUCUGGACCCUCAUCGUGCUCCAAGGCGCCUGGUGGCUCUGGGCCACGGUGCUCGUCACACGCUUCCACCGCACGCGUGACAGCUUCGACUGGACCAGCCCCGGGUUCGGCAGCGCUUUCGCCGUGUUCCUCUUUUUGACCCUCGGCUUCCAGGUCAACUACCUCUUCCUCUACUUUAUCAUCCACAACCUGUCCCGUGACGAAGCCGAGGUCAUCCGCUACGCAGCGCUGCUGCGCGGGACCGAGUCAGCGUGGCAGGCCCUGAGUUAUGGGUUGACGUCGUUGACGGUGUUUGGGGAGGUUGGUGGGGUGUAUAUGAACUUUGGACUUUGGGCUGUCGCUGUGUUUCCCGCGUGGUUGGUGGUCAAGCACUUCGGGGCGCAGAAGGAUCAGACGGCGUUGGAUCAAGAUACACCCAUCCGCCAAGACCGUAACUCGUAUCAAUCCAACACCAAAACCUAA